AGCAUCCCCAUUUCCCUUCCUCAUUUUGAUUUGAUUUCUAUUCAUCAUUAUGAGCUAUACAUCCCUCUGUUUCUCCUUGUUUUUCGUCAUCUUUUCUGUUGUAUCCUCUAGGUACUUUUCUGCCAAUGAUAAUUUUGCAGUACCCUACCAGUACCUAAAGUUGGUUUUGCAAUGGCAGCCAUCUGUUUGUUCAGUACCUCGUGUCAAUUGCCCGGUUCCACCAUCCCCUAAUUUCACAAUCCAUGGACUCUGGCCAAGCAACUACAGUGACCGUUAUUCACAACCGAGUUAUUGUACUAAGGAGCAGUUUAACUUGUCACAGCUACCGCGGAACCUACAGCAAGAUAUGUAUGCAUACUGGCCGGAUGUGAUAAGAAAUCAGAGUGAGAAGUUUUGGGAACACGAGUGGGCUCAGCAUGGAACGUGUUCAGUGAUGACGCAGAAAUAUUAUUUCAAUUUCACAGUUACUACGACCAAAGAUCAAAAGUACAACUUGCUUAGCUUUCUCGAAGAGGAGGGUAUUAGCCCCAACAACAGCCGAACUGUUGACACAAGAUUAGUGAAGGCAGCCAUCGAAAAACACAUUAAAAAACACCCUGGUUUGCGUUGUGUUCCUAAGAAGGGCCAAGGCGGGCAAUAUCAGUUGAAUGAGGUGGUUUUAUGUUUUAACGAAACAAAAGUGCUUAUAGACUGUGUGGAUAGUUAUGACUCUAAUUGUAGGGGGCCUAUUCUGUUUUCCGAGUGAGUGUGAGGAUGGGUAUGAAUCCUGUAGUAAGAAUAAAAAUUCAAAUGAAAU